AAAUCGUCUCACAUGCCACACUUCAUGAAACACUGGUUAACAGGACUGACUUCUGCACUGCUCCACGUCUUGUGGAUAGAGAUGGUUCCAUUUCCUCCUCUUACUUACAUGUAGGUAUGGAAGAUAAAGGUGACCCGAGCAGUGUGGAGGCACCUGAGACUAUCACACCCACAAGGAAGGGCUUCAGCCAAACCCGGGGAUUUGGAAGAACCACUGUUGCUAAGCGAGAGGGUGCGGGAGACAUGGAGGCAGGCUCGCUGGGGCAGCAACCCCCACGGCAGCACAGCCUGGCCCUGGGACACACUGGAAGGCAGCCACAGCGCACCGAGCAGGUGGAGGAAUUCCUUACAGCAGCUCAGCACCAAGCAAGACAGAAUGUUCCUGUCUCCCUUGCGGAUUCCAGUGAGCCAACGUCUUGUCCAGUGCCGGAUGUUGAAACUGCCUUGGAAGGCACCGUAGGAAGUACCUCUGAGAUGAAAAGUGGCCCCCACUCUGGUUCCUUGAGUGUACAGGAGCGACCUGCCUCUUCUGGAAAGGCCACAGGAGGAGAGGACAAGGAGGAUACCUCCAACAAUGACAGUGACAUCCUGACUUUGAAGGAGCUUCAGAAUCACCUUUGGAGAAAGCGAGAGCAAGAGCCACCUGACAGGCCCCUGAAAGGCAUCCAGAAUCACCUGAGAAAGAAGCGUCGGGAGGAGAAUCCCACGGAAACUGUGCAUGUCGAGGCAGGCAGUGCUGUCGAGAAUGCUCCGCCCAGCAAGCAAGAGCCAGAGACUGUCCACAGGGUUGUGUCCCAGGCAGUGACCGAUGACCAAGAGAUGCACCGUUCUGCAAGUGCAGGAUGA